AAACACUCGCGGAUAAAUGGCUUGGGGAAAAGCAAUAAAAAAGAACAAAAAACCAUUUGUUUAAAAGCGCGUUUUCUUUAGCAAAACAAAACGAAAUUGUUAAUGAAAACGUAAUAAAAGUCAAUUAGAAAAACCAAAUAUUGAAAAUAUGUCUUGAAAAGUGUGCAUUCGGUUCAUUCCACUAUGAGUGAUAGUGGCGUUGUGAUAUCACUGAGCAGCACAGACUCCAAUACAGGCUCGAGUGAAGAUGCAUCGGAACCGGGCUCACCAUUCAGCCAACACUCAAUAAUAGGCGACGAACAACAGAGCAAUUCGCCCGCCAAGGCUUGUAAAAGUGGCUCCGAAAGCCAUAGAAUCAUGCCAACACAAACAAAAUUGGCUCCGGCGAAAGGCAACGCCAACAGUGGACAAGCGACAAAUGUUAGCUCGAAUGCUUCCACUAGUGGCUCAAACGUCCAUGCACACACUGUCUCUGGAACAAAUAGCAAUAGUAACAAUAACACUGCCAAAUUGAAACAAAUACAACAGCAACAACAAAAAAACAACACUGCCACCACACGUAAUGGACUACCUACACUUCAAUGGCCCUGGAAUACAGCGUCAAGUAGUAGUACCGCACAUCCAACUAACUCGCCAGGGUCUGCGCAACAAACUAAAAAGCGUAGUGCUGUUAGUGUAACGUCUUCAGAUAAUAACUCAGGUAAAAAAGCAAGGUACGCUGGUGCUGAUAGCGCGACCAAUUGUUCUUCCGCGAGCACGUCCUCCAGCGCAAGUGGAAUUAGCGCUGCAAAAAGACUGAAAGCGGCGGCAUUAGAGGAGUCGCAGACGAAAAUCACCGGUUACUUUAAGUCUCAAAUGAAAUCGCAAAUCCAUCAAAAUAAUAUCACUAAACGCAAUAUGGAAUCUGUGCUGAUCGCGGCCUGUAGUUCGUCGGGCACUGGUAUGAGUACAACUUCGCUUACAAUGAGUGCACCUGCCACUACUGCCUCACUAAACAAAUACUUCAACAUAUUAGCGCAGUUGAAGGAGAAUAGCAACCUCAAUAACAGCGGCGGUAGUAGCAACAAUAACUCUAUACCCAAACCAGCUCUAAUUUCAUCAUCUACGCCAUUAAAUAGUAACAUAAUUGCAGCAGCUCCAUCGGCGCCGACUUCAAACUCUGCCACACCAUCAACAUCUGUCACAUCGGGUUCCUCCGCAGGUGGUGUGAUUGCACUUACCGCAGCCACUGCGAUGCCGACCAUGCCGGUGCCUGCUUUGAAAAAGAUCGAACGGAGUAAACCUACCAAAAUUGCUCAGGUUGCACCUAAUUUGCGAAAAACUCCUUCAGCUUCGGGAAACUAUACAAAUGGGACCGGUAAAUCACCUGCUAAAAAGCAUGUAGCCAUAGCGCCGCGUACGCCUGAAAUGAAACAACAACAGAUGCAGCAACAGCAACAACAAGCCGCAGCGAAAGCUGAAGCAGCUGCUGCAAAACAGGCGGCCACGUCAGCUACACAACAGCCUCAAACAGCCACUCAGGUGACGGCAAACCAACCAGCAGUACUGCUUACUGCCAUACGUUUGCCUGCACAAACAACAAAUGCGUCUACGCCAGCAACGGCCACACAGCUGAAGUCAGCAGUAGCUCCUCCGAAGUUAGCGCCGGUUGCAACAGCUACUGCGACAACAACCACUGCCGCACCUGCAACUGGUCAGACGCUUUAUCAACUUCCCGCCGUACAACUGCCGAAUCUAGUCCAACUGCCUCAGCUAUUAGCUGCCACCAAUGGCGCAAAUAUAAUGCAGUUGAACAAUGUUGCAACAGCAGCGAAAAAUGCCAAUACAACAGCGGCCGCUGCAGCCGCCGCAGCAACGUCAGCACAAGCUGCACAGGCAGCAGCCGCCCAAUAUUUUCUUAAUGGUACUGUGUUUAAACUGCAGCAAUUCACUACUGCAACUACAACAACAGCAACUUCAGCGGUGGCUGCCGCUAGUGCCGCUGCCACUGCCAACCCAUUCAACUUGAUGACUGCCGCAGACCUGCAAGAUAUACUCAUUAAGCAGCAACAACAGCUGCAACAACAACAACAACUGCAAUUACAGCAACAACAGAAGGCUGCGGCCGUUGCUGCCGCUGCAGCCGCUUCGGCUACAAACUCAAGUUUCCAGGAGAUCUUCCAGCAGCAAAUCGCUGCGGCUAUUGCGGCGAAUCAGCAGCAGCAGCAGCAACAACAACAGCAGCAAUUUCAACAGCUACAACGCUUGGGAGCAGCGGCUGCACAACCGGUAUUCAUGGCCACUCCAGCGGGCCUGCUGCUAAACGCGGCCUCACUACCAGCCAUGCUGGCACAAGCGGCUGCUGCGCUAGCUGUGAAUAACAGCCAACAGCAACAACAACAAAAGCAAAUUCAAAUGCAGCAGCCACAGCAACUGCCUGCCCUUCAACCGAUACAGCCAAGUGCGCUACCUGCUUUAAGUUCCAUAUUCGCUGGUGCAGCUCAGCAACAACAGCAGCAAGCUGGUGCCACGCAUGAGCACCACACUGACUUCCAGCAACAGCAGCAACAACUUUUAGCGUUUUUCCAACAACAACAACAGCAGCAACAACCACAAUUUAUAACAGCAACUCAGCCACCACCCCUGUCGGCUGUAAAUGUGACCUCGGCGCCAAGUGCAUCUUCGGCAGGAACAUUAACGCCACUGCCAGUUAACGCAACCACAACCGUCACCCCUGUCAAUAACGUGAACACUGCCAAAUUGGCUAUAGUAAAAGCAAACACUGCCUCUACAGCUCCACAACAAUUUACAACACUGAAUUCGCAGCCGCCGCCAUUGGUCACUAUUUCACAUGGCAAAACACGCGCCGCGGCAAUAGCGCCGGCAACUGUUAACAGCACUCCUGUGAACACUAGCGCAUCGGCAAACAAACCAGCAGCACUUGCAAAACCGUAUCAGAAGCGAAUGCCAAAAGUCGCGCCAACGCCGGUACCAGUAGCGCCCGCACCAAGCAAACCUUCACUAGCAAGUGCCAAAGCGAAGAUCUCUACCAAUUGUAAAAUCAUUGCCACGCCUACUACGCCGCCUCCAUUAGUGCCAGCGUUGAGUAGCAGCUCUAGCAAUUGUGGAAACAUUGCGUCGUCACCCACCAGUCGUACUGCUCCAAUGACGAAGCAAUUGCUACCUGCUGCUGGACUGCCUACGCCUGCACUCAUAAGCAUCGCACCCGCACCGGCUACGAAUACAACAACAACUACCGCGGCAGGCGGUGUCAAUGCAACAGUAAUUCCAAGUGCCAUUAAAUUGUCACCAUUACCGCCGCUUGCUCCGAAAAUAAGCAUAACGCCAACACCAAUAACAACCACAAUACCUUCCCCAGCGCCACCAACAGCAAAAGCAAUCAUUGCCAGCACUACUGUUACUUCAACCACAAACACAACUUCCACUCCUGAUCUCUUCGACUUGGUUAAAAAUUCGAAUGGCGCCGUCACAAUAGCUGCACCCCUCACAAGCAGUAGCAUCAGCAGUAACAGCAACAGUAGCAAAAAUAACGUAUUCAACAAGUGUACUUCGCUACUGCCAUCAUUCUGCAACUCAUCACUGUCGUCGUAUUCAUCCGCGUCCUCGCCUUCUCUUUGCUCCACUUCCAACACCACAUCGAGCGAUAGUUUCUGCUCCAAGAUCAAAGAGGAGCCUCUGGAUGAAGUUGCCGCUGUCCCGUCUGCUAACACAUCCGAUAGCGGUAUUAAAUUGGAAAGCUUUACUGCAUCAACGCAUAAUCAAAUGCUACUGGGGGAUAUUAAGGUCGAACUAAUGGAAGACACAACUGAAAUGUACCCCUCAACUAGCACCGGUACUUCGGCCAGCAUCGUCAAAGGCAUCACACAAGCGAAUGAAUAUUCAUCGUACUCGUUUAGCUCACACUCGAAUUCCGUGUCUUCGGCAGCUGAUCUCUCGCUUGAAGCAUCUACCCCACCGUCGCUCUCUUCGCUAUCCGCCUCCUGUUCCUCUGCGCCAUCCCCAGCACCUUCUUCGUCGGUGGGUGCGUCACCGCGCAAUUCCCCGCCUCCACUGCCGCCAACACAACCAUGUGAAUCAAAUUCUGCAUCUCUUAGCUCAGAAUCAUCCGCAUCAUGUGUCACUGCAGGUACGGGCAGAGAUAUGCUUAGCGAAAUGGUAACAUCUUCAUGCAUAUCAUCCAAUCUUACGUCGGAUGUGUCGAACUCGGUAGAUGGCACAACGGCGAAUCAGAAGGUGCUUACCGCCGGAUUCGAAAAUAUAGAAAAGGAUGCCAAUGUGGAUGAGGAAAUCGGCGAAAAACGCGAUUUACCCACACCGGAGUCUGGCAUUGGAGGCAGUUUGACAGCUAGCGAAAGCAGCGAAUCCAUCGUCAGCUCAAUCUCAAAUAAUAGCAGUAAAGCUGAAGUAAUCGCUAACAUCAUCAAUUCGAUUGACUCCAAUUCGCCGCCUCCCACUCCACUGUCCGGCAUUAGCGCCAGCAGUGCAGAUAGCGCAAGCCGCAGCAUCGGCUGCUUGCGUUCCACCUCCAGCGAUAACAAUUCAAUCAACAGCAAUGUACCAUCACCGAUCUCACCACCUACGACUUUCAGCGCUGAUUUAAGUAUUGGCGCUUCUUUAUCGGAAACAACAACAAGUUCUACCUCCAACAGUGCCGUGCCUAUUGCAUCCAAUUUGCCUAACAGCAUUGACAAUAGCAAUUCGAACAGCUGCACCAGCAGUAGUAGUAGCAGCAUCAGCGGCGAUCCGCAGUCAACGUCCAGUAGCAGCAAUUGCUUCAACUCUACACCUACACUCAUCGACACCAAACUCGCUGAGUCCAACAGUGAAUCACUGCCUAAAUGUGCUAUCUCGCCAAUACUCUCACAGCCGAAAACUAUACGUUUCCCUGCAGAAGCAGGCGGUUUUCGCUAUGGUCCAAAAGGUGCAAAACGUCAUGAUGGCGUAUGUUACUGGGAUAAAUGCAAUAAGAAGCAUGACAGCUGCUCCAAAUUACUGGAUCAUAUGCAGACACAACAUGUGAACACACAAACCGGUCCAUUCUCAUGCCUCUGGGUCGGUUGCAAGGUAUAUAACAAGGAAUCGUGUUCGCGCCGCUGGUUGGAACGGCAUGUACUGUCUCAUGGAGGUUCCAAGCAGUUCAAGUGCAUUGUCGAAGGAUGCGGACUUCGUUUUGGAUCACAGCUGGCUCUGCAAAAACAUAUUAAUAAUCAUUUUACGGCUACCGAAAAUAAGGAGAGCUCGAACAAACGUACCUCAGAUCCACCAGUGCCCAAACAAUUGCGAAAGAAUGGCAAAAAGUUGCGCUAUCGACGUCAACCAUUCUCAGCGCGAAUGUUCGACUUCUUUGAUGCCGGAAUAAUGGAAGGUCUUCAGCAUCGUCUGCGUCAGAUUAGCGUGCUUUCUGAUGGCUGUAGCGCGAUAACAUUUCAUGGUCAAUGCAUGAUGCAGCGCCGCACACGGCAAGGUACUUACGAAAGUUUCGUUUCUUGGACGCCUCGUGAAAUCAUAUCCGAUGAGUGGGUCCCAACUUGCGAGGGACCAUACACAAAGACAGUUAACAUUAGACAAAUGCGUCCUGCAGAGAAGAUUAAGGUUGAGGGUCUACUUGCCACUGCUUACAAAUUACCAUAUUCGCCUAACCUCUUCGAUGAUGUCGACGACGAAGAUGAGGAGGAUGAAGAGGAAGGUUCCAAUGAUGAGGACGAAGAUGAUGAAAAUAAUGACGAAGAAGAAUUAGCUACUUUAGUAGAAACGGUGCGCAGCUCACAACAGCAAAGUGUAAUUGCUAUUUCCCGAUUGCAAAUGCAGCAGCGCCGCAAGCAUCCCCGUAAGCCGAUGAAACGUGUGCAUAUAGAAACGCCAUUAAAUGUUUAAAAAAUUGAAGAAAGUUAUGGUGGAAUAUACACUACAACGGCCCAAUGAUCUCCUACAGAGAAUAGCAAAAGAUGCAAAAAAUGCAGCGCUAAGUUGCGACGUCUAUCCUUGUGUGAUUGUAACAAACCGGAAAAUAUAUCGAUGCUUUGGAGGCAAUCUAAUUUAGUGGUUAAUUGGUUAAUUUGAAACAGUUUCAUUAUCGUGUAUCAGCAGCGCACACUACUACGCAACGGAUUUAGACGAGUUUGGUAUGAAAACUGCAGGUCAACUAUACAACAUAGAUAAGUUUUUAGUAUUUUUUGUUUAGAAUUAUUCUGAAUAUUGAAUUGAACAUACAAACAAAUGUAAAUUGUAAUCGCACCUAAGUUCAGAUAUAUAUUUUGGAUUAAUUUUAUUUUUUAUAAAUGUAUUAAAAAUUUAACAUAACAAAUUAUUGUAGAGCAAAACGUAGAAAUUAUAUUUAGCAGUUACAAUAAGAAAAUUAGCAUACAUAUAAAGAUGUUUUUUUUUGUUUUUGUGUUUUUACCAAUAACAAGUAAGCCACUUUUAAAUCGCGUAACAGCAAAACAAGAAAAAGUGUGUCAAGUUCUAAUUGAUUAAUUUAUAUUUAUUAAUUUAUAGGCGUUUUUAGUUGAUUUUGUCUGCUUUAGCAAAAUGUUUUUAUUUGUUUUAGUAAGCUUAAUUAUUAUUUUUAAUAUUUGAGUAAUAGUUUAAAGUUAUCCAUUCUUAUACUUUGGAAUAUCAAGCAUUUACCAGCAGUUAAAUGUAUGUAAAUGUCUCAUAGCACAUAAUUGUUGUAAUAUAGAGUAGUACUGUAAGGUGCUUCAGAGUGCUGUAAGUGACUUCAAUGAAGCAAUUCAAUUCCAUUGUUUUUAGCAACAAAGUUUCAUAAAAAAAAGUUUAGCUAAAUGCCAUGUGAUACCUUAGUUGAUUUUUUUUUUUGUAAAUUUUAUCAAACUUAUUUGUCGUGAUUUAUAGUUAAAAAAAAUAACAAAAAUGAGUUAAGGGGGAACGUCACUAUGAACGCGUGAAAAUUAAGUGAGUUUCAUGAAUUUUUUUUUAUAAGUAGGGAUGAGUAUUUGAGGAUCGGACAAAUUAAAAUUUAUUUAACAUAUAUUCAACUAUACUGACACGAAUUUUUAUUAAAAAAUACUGAUAAUUACAAUUGCUAUUAAUAUUAAGCCAAUGACGUCAUAAAAAACUGAUGCACCCUGGUGGCCACGAUACAGCGGUGAAAAAUCAUCUGAAAGCAAAAAACCAAAAAAAUGCUUAAUCUAUACAUCAAUGGCUAUGGGAUACGGUACACUAGUCAGGGCUAGUUUACUGGGGCGGCAGCCCUUGGUCGGGAAAAACCCGAGUCAUUCCGGUAACGUAGAACCGGCUGCCAAUGGCUAUCGUCGUACGUGGCGGUUU